CGGUGUAAGCGCAUGUGGCCCCAUGCACAUAAACCAUGAAUAACGCUUCCCAGCGGGGUCGUUUAAUGUUGAAAUGUCUCCAAUUAUCGAAAAAGAUGUCGACGAGGAUGGGAUUCGAACCCACGCGUGCAGAGCACAAUGGAUUAGCAGUCCAUCGCCUUAACCACUCGGCCACCUCGUCGUGUGAUCAUCGUGGCAGAAAAUAUUGUUCCUUAUCACCAGUGUUAAAGAUGGUGGACUCUCAGUACUACCUGCCAAAUGACAUCGGCGUCUCUGCACUCGACUGUGGCGAGGCCUUCCGCUUGCUUUCACCUCAGGAAAAGAUGUAUGCCCACUACCUGUCACGUGCUUCCUGGUAUGGAGGUCUGGCAGUGCUGCUGCAGACAUCACCAGAGUCGGGAAACAUCUUUGUCUUGCUGCAGAAAAUCUUCAGGAAGCAGACGCCUGAACAGCUGGAACAGGUCGCCACAGCAGCUGGACUCAGCUCUGAGGAGUACCAGGCCUUCUUGGUGUAUGUAGCAGGUCUGUAUGCCAACAUGGGAAACUACAAGUCUUUUGGAGACACCAAGUUCAUCCCAAAUCUACCCAAGGACAAGCUGGAAGCUCUGGUGAAGGCCAGCCAGGCAUUUCAGGAGCAGCCCGCUGAGAUGGAGGCUCUGUGGGACAGCUGCUCAUGUCGCCUGUACUCCCUGGAAGACAAACAGAAACAGCUGGGUCUGGGUGAUAAGGGAAUUACCACCUACUUCUCAGGAAACUGCGGUCUGGAGGAUGCUGAGCUGGCUCAGAAGUUCCUUGACUCAAAAAAACUCGCUGCCUACAACACCCGUCUGUUCAAGAGGAACAACGGAGGAAAAGACUGCUAUGAGGUGCGCCUGGCUUCAGCUGUGCAGAAAGACUGUGCAGUGGAAGGGGAAUGUGAGUCGUGCUGUGGCACCUUCAACUUUGAAGACAAAGAAUUCACUGUGAAAAGGGGAGAUUAUGCUCCUCUCAUGGAGAAAGUCUGCUUUAACCUGCAAGCAGCAGAGGGCUACGCUGCCAAUGAGAACCAGAAAAAGAUGCUUGAAGAGUACAGACGCAGCUUCACCUUUGGCUCAGUUGAGGCCCAUAAAGAGGGAUCGCGCUACUGGAUCAAAGACAAGGGACCAAUUGUUGAGAGUUAUAUAGGUUUCAUUGAGAGCUACAGGGACCCAUUUGGCUCCAGAGGAGAGUUUGAAGGUUUCGUUGCAGUUGUAAACAAGGCGAUGAGCGAGCGUUUUGCCAAACUAGUGAGCUCAGCAGAAGUGCUGCUUCCUGAGCUGCCUUGGCCCAGAGAGUUUGAGAAGGACACUUUCCUGAAACCUGACUUCACCUCCCUGGAUGUUCUCACCUUCGCUGGGAGCGGUAUACCAGCUGGCAUCAACAUCCCCAACUAUGAUGACAUCAGACAGUCUGAGGGCUUUAAAAAUGUGUCUCUGGGCAAUGUGCUGGCUGUAGCCUAUGCUACACAAAAAGAAAAACUCACCUUCUUGGAGGAAGAGGACAAGGAUAUGUUCAUCAAGUGGAAGUGCCCAUCAUUUGAGGUGCAGGUUGGACUUCACGAACUGUUGGGCCAUGGAAGCGGCAAGUUGUUGAUCCAGGAUGACCAAGGCAAGUUCAACUUUGAUCAGAGCAAAGUGAUCAACCCGGAAACCGGUGAGCUCGUUUCCAGUUGGUAUCGUGGCAGCGAGACGUGGGAUAGCAAAUUCUCCACAAUUGCUUCCUCUUAUGAAGAAUGUCGUGCAGAGUGUGUCGGACUCUAUUUGUGUCUCAACAAGCAAGUGCUCAGUAUUUUUGGACAUGAUGGCCAGGAUGCAGAGGAUGUGGUGUAUGUGAACUGGCUCAGCAUGGUCAGAGCUGGACUGAUGGGCCUGGAGUUCUACACACCUGAGAGCAAGAGCUGGAGACAGGCUCACAUGCAGGCUCGUUUCGUGAUCCUACGUGUGCUGCUGGAGGCCGGGGAGGGCCUGGUGGGCCUGGAGGAAGUGACGGGACAGGACGGCAAGCCUGACGCUCGAAUCACAGUAGACAGAAGCAAGAUCCACACUGUGGGCAAGAAUGCCAUCCACAGGUUCCUCUGUAAACUGCAGGUCUUGAAGGCAACAGCAGAUGUGGAAGGAGGCAGGGCUCUCUAUGAUGGCUACUCCACUGUCUGCGACAGUGGCGCUCACAACUUCUUUCGUCUGCGGGAGACAGUGCUGCUGAGGAAGGAAGCUCGCAAGAUGUUUGUCCAGGCAAACACCAGAGUCAAUGGGGACAGUGUGGAGCUGGUGGAAUAUGAAGGCAGUGCUGCAGGUUUGAUUCGCUCCUUCACUGAGCGCUUCCAGGACGACUCGGAGCAGCUAGAGGCCAACAUUUUGGAGCUGAGCAAACUAGAUGCCCACUGCUGGUGUUGAUGGACAUCUUCUCCAUAGGCAUCAAAAAUACCAACAGAAAUCAGAUUCUUUCCUUCUUUCUUUUUUUAACCAAAUGGGAAUGCACACUGAUACUUAAUGGAUGUUAAAACACACAAAACUGCUAAAUGAUCCAAAUCUUUUUAGGAGGCACUUCUGAAGAGACUAAAUUACAGCACUUCAAAACCAUAAGACGAGAACAGAUCUGCCACAAACACCAGCCACAGUAUUCAAAGUGCACUGGACCAACAUCCGGUCUGUCUUUGAUAACAGCAUCAAACGCAAAUAAAGGAGCUGAUUAUUAAUACAAAACUAUCACACUUUUAGAUGCAUUUAGGAAACAUAUUUUUUCCAAUGAGACACCACUCACUUGGACUGUCUAUUAAACCAGUGCUGCCUGACAAUAAAAAUGGUUCCUGGUUUAAACCCUGUAGGUAGUUUUCACUUUGUAACUGUUACACGGUUAGAAACCGGCUUAAAAAAAAGUUCACAAAAUGCUCAAUAUGACAAUUUGUUUAUAUUCACAAUUAUGUCACUAAAUUGAUAAAAGUUCCACAACUUCUGGUAAAACAUAUUGGCUUGGCCAUUAUGUGUUAAAUGUUGAUCCAGCUUUGGUGUUGAUGAUUUGAUAAGUUAAGGGUGUUAAAUAGCUGCCAAGACAGCUUCAUUUUGACUGUAAAAUGUUUGGUAUAAGGAAGUAAUGAAUUACCGGACUGUAUAAAAUGAUGUGUUAUCUAGCAGGCAUAAGAAACUGUACGUAAAAACUGUUGUGUGGAAUCUUCACAAAUAAAAUGCAUUCAAGA